AGGUUGGAUUUGUUGGGUUACAACUUUUGACACUAUCAAACUUUCCUAAGUUUAUUGAAAUAUGGCAUAUCAAAAAUCCUCAAGAACUCCUAGAUUUUAGACAACUUCAACUACUGGAAAUUUGUAAUUGUAGCAAGUUCAGAAUCAAUGGAUGAGGAAAGGAUGUGCAAGAUUUUCUUCCCUAACUUGGAGUUCCUACUACUCCGAAACCUUCCAAAACUCACAAGAUUUUGUUCUGGAAAUUACUUGGAAUUACCAUGCCUUUGGAAACUUAAGAUAAGCAAGUGCCCUAUGCUGAAGACUUUCAUCUCUAGCUUUAUUUUUGGAGAUAUGAUAGCCAGUUUUGAAAAUGUUAAAAACGAUUGUACACUUUCUCUCUUUGACGCAAAGGUGGUAUUCCCCAAAUUAGAGCUAUUGGUAAUUGAACAUGUGAAGAGCUUGAAUAAGAUAUGGAACGACCAACUCGAGAGACUAGACAAGCUCCAAGUAUGGAACUAUGAUUCACUUGAAGAGAUACUUGAGUCUAAAGAACCUAGUGUUAGCCAAUCACAAGCUCAAAAGCCCACUCCGUUACCUUUGUUGGAAACUGUCACAUGCUUGGAGGAUGAUGUGAAGGAUGAGAUUGUCUUUAGCAAACUCAAGUAUUUGCAACUUUGUGGUCUUCCUAGACUUUCAAGCUUUUGCUCCGUUAAAUGCAAGUUUGAGUUCCCAUUUUUGGAAGAGGUGAUUUUGAUGGAUUGUUCAAGUAUGCAGACUUUCUCUAUGGAUGAAAUAAGAACGCCAGAACUACAAAAAGUAAAAUUGACUAGAGAUGAAGAUGAGGGCUUUUGGGAUGGCAACCUAAACUGGAACAUACAACUACAUUUCAUGCAAAAGAGUCAAGGUGAUUCUGAAAAUUGAGAUCAAAGAAAUUGCAGCUCAUGUCCUUUCCAAGUGAUUUUUUAUGGUGAGUUGGUCUUAUGCUUCUAUCAUCUCUAUACUUGUUUGAUAAGGGUACAUCUCUUGUAAACAUGCAUGGAGGUAUAUUGAGGCUGCUUUCUUAGUUCGUUGCAGCUCUGAAUGGUGUACACGUAAGUUGGAUGUGCAGUUGUCACAUUGCUUGGUGCCCAGAAUGUUGCCUCACUAACUAAAAUUGAUCCCUUUUU